AUGAGCGAGCACGGCAUAGAAUCAGACAAGAAGGAUGAUCAUUUCCAACCAUCUGUAACUGUUCAGAUGUCCAAAGAUCCUGAAAGUUUUCUUGAAGAAACUAUGAAACCAGAACUGAAGGAACCAGAACCUAAGGAACCAGAACCUAAGGAACCAGAAAGGAAGGAACCAGAAAGGAAGGAACCAGAAAGGAAGGAACCAGUAAGGAAGGAACCAGAAAGGAAGGAACCAGAAAGGAAGGAAACACAAACGAAGGAAACACAAACGAAAGAAACACAAACAAGCGUAAUAGAAAGGAGCAGAUGUACAAAUGGUUACUGUCCUCCACGAGGAACACUUAAUAAAACAAUUACAGAUGGAGUUAUACUCAUUGUAUUAUGGACUCUACUCUGGGCCCUUAUAGGUCAAGAAGCUCUCCCUGGUGGAAAUUUGUUUGGACUUGUAGUUAUUUUUUACAGUGCUUUCCUUGGGGGUAAAGUUUUAGAAGUCAUUAGAAUACCUGUAGUGCCUCCUCUCCCACCUCUUCUUGGGAUGUUACUGGCUGGUUUCACCAUCAGGAAUGUUCCGAUUAUUUAUGAAUUUGUCCAUAUUCCUACCACAUGGUCUUCAGCUUUAAGAAACACUGCCCUUACUAUUAUCCUAAUACGAGCCGGGCUUGGACUGGACCCAGAGGCUCUGAAGACUCUGAAGGGAGUAUGUUUGAGAUUGGCAUUCGGCCCGUGCAUCCUAGAAGCGUGCUCAGCGGCUUUAUUCUCCCACUUCAUUAUGAACUUCCCUUGGCAAUGGGGAUUCCUAUUAGGUUUUGUCCUAGGUGCUGUCUCUCCUGCUGUUGUCGUCCCCAACAUGCUACUGUUGCAAGAGAAUGGAUAUGGUGUUGAGAAAGGCAUCCCGACCUUACUAGUGGCUGCUAGCAGUCUGGAUGACAUCGUGGCCAUCACUGGAUUCAACACAUUCUUGAGCAUAGUCUUUUCCUCGGGUAGUGUAAUUAGCAAUGUCCUGUCAUCCUUGAGGGAUGUUCUUAUUGGUGUGCUGGUAGGAAUUGUUAUGGGAAUUUUUGUUCAGUAUUUUCCAAGUGGAGAUCAGGAGAGACUUACACAGAGGCGAGCCUUCCUAGUUCUGAGUAUGUGUAUUUCUGCUGUCUUAGGCUGUCAGCACAUUGGCUUACAUGGAUCUGGAGGACUGGUCACACUAGUGUUGACGUUCAUGGCAGCAAAAAAAUGGGCUGAAGAGAAGGUUGGAAUCCAAAAAAUUGUUGCGAACACAUGGAAUGUUUUUCAGCCACUUCUCUUUGGCUUAGUUGGAACAGAAGUAUCUGUUGAUGCUCUUGAAUCGAAAACUAUUGGCAUGUGCAUUGCUACCUUGGGUUUGGCACUGUGUGUUCGAAUGUUAUCCACUUUUGUACUGAUGUCUUUUGCUAACUUUCGUUUUAAGGAGAAAGUAUUUAUUGCUCUCUCAUGGAUCCCUAAAGCUACAGUCCAGGCUGUCUUAGGCCCCCUGGCUCUAGAAACAGCAAGGGUCAUGGCACCCCACUUGGAAGGAUAUUCGAAGAAUGUGAUGACAGUGGCCUUUCUAGCCAUCCUCAUUACAGCUCCAAAUGGAGCCCUCCUCAUUGGCAUACUGGGACCCAAAAUACUUGAACGUAGUAAGAGUUCAUUCCCCUUAAAAAUGGACCUUUCAGGCUUUCAACAUUAAAAAGUUUGUUGUGACCA